CCAUCCACGGUUGGAAGUUUAUGCAACGUACAGGACACAUGUCCUUUAAUAACAUAGUUCCAUAUGCUCUUGUCCUCAACUCUCUCUUUAGCUUUGUGAAUUAUUUUACUUCUUCUCUUGGAUGUGCUUCCAUAAAACCGACGGUUUACACUGAUUAUAAUGCAUUAGCUCACAUGUAUACAAUUGGGGAGGCAGUUUUUUUUUUAAAUUUCUCCAUGGUCAAAGACGCGUGCAGGUGUGCUGUCCUCGUGGGGGGAAACGUCACGUCAGGUGCGGCGAUCUGAGGUUGUGCUUCCAGUGCGUAACCUGGUUUGGCAUCAGAUAUACGAGCGCACGCCGUACUCGACUUCUCCUCAUCCCAGCAGGUAAACGCAGUCACGUCGCAGCUUCUUCCACCUGGGUGGCGUUAGUUACAGUGGGCGGGAUCAUACAGUAACAAUAUUGAGGCAAUCCAAUGAGGGUGCAGCAAUAACUCCCCCCCACCACCAAAAAAGGCCCUGCCUCCCGGGGCUCCGCUGGGCCCGAUGCACCAGAGUCUGUGGGGUCGCUUAAACAGAUGCGCCGAGCAGACGGCACUGACUUUCUCCGUUGAGGAAUCAGCGAGAUGAAGAGCAGCGCCAACCCGGCACCAUGCGCUCCAGGCUCCCACGGACCGCCUGCCUACUGCGACUCGCCGCGCUCUGCAUCCUGCUGUCGAACACUGCAGCUUAUUUCGGACUGACAGGUCGGGAGCCCUUCGUGUUCCUCCCGGGCCCGUUUUCAAAUGAAGCUCCGACGGGAAAGGCCCACCUGAAGCAGUGCGAGCAGAUGACUCUGACCCGCCGGCAGAAGAGGCUGUGCCGCCGGGAGCCCGGUCUGGCGGAGACGCUGCGGGACUCGGUGCGCCUCAGCCUGCUGGAGUGCCGCUAUCAGUUCAGGAACGAGCGCUGGAACUGCAGCCUGGACGGCCGGGGGAGCCUCCUGAAAAGAGCGUUCAAGGAGACGGCCUUCCUGCUGGCGGUGUCCUCCGCGGCGUUGACCCAUGCCCUCGCCAAAGCGUGCAGCUCGGGCCGAAUGGAGAGGUGCACGUGCGACGACUCCCCCGGCAUCCAGCAUCGAGAGGCGUGGCAGUGGGGGGUCUGCGGCGACAACCUGAAAUACAGCACCAAGUUCCUCAAGAAGUUCCUCGGCCAAAAGAAGGUCAGCAAGGACCUGAGGGCACGAGUCGACGCCCACAACAUCAACGUCGGAAUUCGGGCGGUGAAGAGCGGCCUGAAGACAACCUGCAAGUGCCACGGCGUCUCCGGCUCCUGCGCCGUGCGGACCUGCUGGAAGCAGCUGUCUCCCUUCCACGACACCGGGCGGCUGCUGAAGUACCGCCACGACGCCGCCGUGCGCGCGCUGAGCGUCACCAACGCGGCCACCGGCGAGACGGAGCUCGCCGGCGGGCGGCGCCACGGCCAGGGCCCCCGCACCACCGACCUGGUCCACCUGGAGGACUCCCCCAGCUUCUGCAGGCCGUCGCGCUACUCCCCGGGCACGGGCGGCCGAUCGUGCGCCAAAGACACCAGCUGCCAGAGCCUGUGCUGCGGGCGCGGCUACAACACGGCCAUGCGCCUCACCAGCCUGUCCUGCCACUGCCAGGUGCGCUGGUGCUGCCACGUGGAGUGCCAGACGUGCGUGAGGGAGGAGGAGGUGUACACCUGCAAGAACGCAUAGCGGGACGACGGGGGAGAAGGAGACUCUUGUCGGGUGAACGCCCUCUCCGCAGAGCGCCACCCUCGCCUGCACGCCGAUGGUGGAGGAGCGACAUGUCAAAUCAUAACACUGCUGGUUAUCUGCUCGAUCGUCAUCCCGCCGCGAUGCUCACUGUGGGUGAGGAUGUGCCCUGCUUGAAUCCUGCUGGAUGCACUGGAACGCCGCUCCUGUGGGCCGGGGAGAAAUGAGCUCUUAAAAGAGGUUACCGGACCGGACUGGACCCCCCACCUGCAGGGGAGCUCUGUUGCUCUGGGCCCCCCCUCCACGUGACUAUUUAUUGUAUCGGUCAUUGUGUCUGUUGUACUGCUGCUUUAUACUUUAACCUUCUUGUUAUUGCCACUGAGGCUAAAAUGGCCUUAAAAGGAAUCCACCUGUCUGUCCUUCUGUCUGCUGUGGAGACAUUUAGGGAUUCUUCUCUGAUUUAAGAAAAGCACUUAUUGUAAGUUGCUCUUGCUACAUGCAAAGUUUAUAAUUAAUCAUAUAGAAAAAGAGAAUGCGGAGUUCUAAAUAAAUGUGUCAACAGAAGAGAGCUUGGAGCCGCUGAGCUGCAGAGGAUACAUUAACAGGGCUGUUGUGCAAAGACACGAGCCGGGUUUCGGUUGCUCUUAUGGAAAUGUGUAUGAAAAUCUCCACAUGGAGCCUAAUGCGCGCUCACAAGAACAAAGGGAAAUGCCCGCGGUGAUAGUGAGGGGGGGGGGGGGGAGAACGAUAAACACUUAAUUUCUGAACACACACCCCUGCUCUUUUAUUUCUUCUACCCGAGCACGCACUGUACUUUCAAGUUUUUAAAUGGCUGGCUGAACUAUUUGGUCUUUUAAGUGUAAUUCAGCCACAUCUUUGUUGUAAAUGCCUUUGAAGUGGACUAAUCGUGCUCCUCGCUUUCCACAAAUUGCUAAUCAAAGAAAACUGCCCUUGUUUACUCACUUAUCCUUACGUCCAGGACCACUCACGUGCGUCCACGUGCGCGGGUCGAAAGUGCACGUCUCCCCCCGAAGGCCUUGUUCCAUCGGGCCGGUGUGUGUGUGUGUGUGUGUUUCGUGUGAUCGAUUGUGAACUGUAAAUGUGGUAUAAAUAUAACACGCCGGGGCUGCAGGCGUGAGACAGUGUGGGAUCGUGAUGUUCUACCUCACUUCAUCCUUUGGCCAAAUAUCAGAUUUAUGAGCUGUGCUGAGUUAUGUCCUUUGUUUCAAGAGAUUCUGGGUGUUUGAAUGUGGUGAUGCAUAUCACCACAAAAAGAAAACCUGGCUGCAUCACACUUUUAUUUAAAAUAAACAAGACUGAUAAAUGGA